AUGCCUGCCGACCAGAAGCAAACAUCUGGCGAGUACAAGAAGCCAAUUCAGUCAAUAAUUGCCGCGCCAGGUUCUAUAAGCUCUGCCGACCCGGCCACGCGAUUAGAUGAAACAUCUGCUAUGAAAGCAAAUGAGUCUCAGCCAUUGGCACUUUUCAAUUGGGUCCAGUCUCCCCAGAAAGAUGACCCAUGGAAUGCCCUCCACCUUUCAAUGGCCUCUAGUAAAGAAGGCGACGGCAAAUAG